AUGAGCCAGAUAUUAACCGCUAGCCAGGCAGAAGAGCUGCACAAGUCUAUGGUCGCCUAUCUUUCAUCAAUAAAGGCUUCCCAAAGUUCCAACACAUUGCGCGAAGAGCUUGGGAUUGGCGAUAACUUCGAUGAGGCCACUUGCAAGAAGUAUGAAGGCUUGUUGGAGAAGAAAUGGACGGGGAUUGCUCGACUGCAGCGGAAGAUAUUAGAUCUAGAAUCCAAAAUUACUAGUCUACAAGCCGAGCUUGACUCGGUCCCUUCGAUGGCCCGAUCAAAACAACAUCAAGAUCCCGACAAUUGGCUUCCGGCACAGUCGUCAGCGCAUACGUUCGAAUCGCAUAGAGAUGCCAUUACAUCCAUAGCGUUCCACCCAGUUUUCACAUCACUCGCCUCCGGUUCGGAAGAUUGCACGAUCAAGAUAUGGGAUUGGGAACUGGGGGAGUUGGAGCGCACCCUUAAGGGUCAUAUGCGAGGGGUCUCCGGACUUGAUUUUGGUGGCCAAAAGGGCCAUACGUUGCUAGCUUCCUGUUCUGGCGACCUAACGAUCAAGCUCUGGGAUCCGAGCAAGGAUUACGCAAAUAUCCGAACGCUGCAUGGUCAUGAUCACUCGGUCUCCGCAGUCCGCUUCUUAACGUCGACGGAGAACUUACUUGUGUCCGCCAGUCGAGACGCUUCAAUCCGAAUUUGGGACGUGUCGACGGGGUACUGUGUGAGAACGAUUACUUCGAACAGCAUCUGGUUUCUGGACGUGUCCCCUUCAUUUGACGGUAAAUGGCUGGUGGCGGGCGGUCGGGACCAAGCCGUGACCGUGUGGGAGGUCUCUUCGGCUGAACCCCGAGCCGCGUUAUUAGGCCAUGACAACGACGUUCAAUGCUGCGUGUUUGCACCACCAGCAAGCUAUGAAUAUUUGGCUACUCUUGCUGGACACAAGAAGGCGCCGCUCGCAAGUAGCUCAUCUGAAUUCAUCGCAACCGGCUCCCGAGAUAAAACGAUCAAACUGUGGGAGGCCCGGGGAAGGCUAAUCAAGACACUUGUUGGCCAUGACAAUUGGAUCCGAGGUCUGGUAUUCCACCCGAGUGGGAAGUAUCUAUUCAGCGUCUCGGACGACAAGACCAUCCGUUGCUGGGAUCUUUCACAAGAAGGACGACUAGUGAAGACAAUCAGCAAUGCCCACGGGCAUUUCAUUAGUUGCAUUCGGUGGGCACCGCCUCCCCGCAACGCGGCCGCAGAGGCGUCUGAAACAACCAACGGAGUGUCCAAGAAAGCCCCUACAAAGCCCGCUUUCCAAUGCGUGAUCGCUACUGGAAGCGCGGACUCAUGCGUCCGGGUGUUUAAAUAG